AUGUGGAAUAUUUUUAGAGAUUUGAAAGAUCUCGACAAACUUCCAGUACCCGGACUCGGUGUUACUUGUCCUGAUGAAUCGAAUCCAUUUGUUUUACAUUGUAACGUAUUGAUUAAUGAUGGACCCUAUCGUGGAAUUAUGAUCCACUUAAUUCUUCAUAUUCCAGAAGAUUACCCAUUGACAGGUCCUGCUGGAAAUAUAGCACCUGGCUUAGAAUUCGA